AUGGAUCAUCAGAACAAACUUCGAGUCAUUAUCGUCGGUUCAGGAUUAGCAGGACUGACCGCGGCACGUAUCCUCCGCGAACACCACCAUGUCACCGUGUACGAACGUGGAGACCAGACCGCUGCAACUGGCGGACAAGGCAUCUCCAUCUCUCCAAACGCAGUCAAGAUCCUCGAGCGCAUCGGAUACGAUCGUGAAAAGGCAGGCGCAGUGCCGAUCUAUGGCUAUCGGUCUUACGAUAAAGAAGGCAACGUUAAGAAGGACCACGAAGUCGACUUGAAGACAAGGUAUGGGGCAGAUCAGUUGACGCAAAAACGAUCCGACUUUAGGGAUGAGCUCAUGACGCUCGCGACUGCACCUUCUGCCGAGUUGAAGAUUCAAGGUGAUCCAGCACACAUAGUCUACGACACUAAAGUUGUCGAUUUGGAUGCGGAGGAAGGGAGAAUAACGCUAGGAGAUGGAACAACCGCUGAGGCUGACGUCGUCAUUGUGGCCGACGGCGUACAUUCACGUCUUCGUAAUCGUAUUCUUUGCGAUGAUAGUAUCCAAGUUAAGACGAUGGGAUUAUCAUGUUACCGCGUUGCCGCCUCUGCAGACGCUGUCAAAGAAGUGCUUGGUGGCUCUCUUCCUCAUUGGUGGGAGCCAACCACAGCUCAGAAUCGGGUGUGCAUACUCAAUGAUGGUAGUGACCGCUUUGUUGCCGCGUAUCCACUCCGUCAUCACGAGUACAUGAACUUCUCAUGCAUCUUUCCUUCCCGUAUGUCGAAGCAAAGCAACAGAACCAAUUCAUGGUAUGCGGAGGCGAACAGCGAAGAGAUUAUAGAGAUUUUUCAUGAUUUUGAGGAGUCUUUCCGCAAGAUUCUUAGCAUCGCGACAGAAGUAAAAUAUUGGGAACUACAGGAACUUGAUGCUCUACCUACUUGGACUCGGGGCCGUGCAAUUGUGAUCGGAGAUGCCGCCCAUGCAAUGCCACCGCUGCAAGGUCAAGGAGCUAAUCAGGCUGUCGAAGAUGGUGAGAGCUUCUGUUUGCUUGAAGGGGUGGAGCCCAGAGAUGUUCCGAAAGCUCUAAAGCAGAUCGAUAGUCUGAGGAGACCCCGAGCAACGCAAGUUCAAGAAGAUACCCGUAAUAUGGCCGGUGAAGUCAGUUGGGAGGACAGAAUGGCCAAGUACGAUUUUCUGUAUAGUUAUAACGGUAUUCGUGAGGCUUAG